AUGAACAGCGAGCAUGGCGGCGGCCCGAGUAAGGAUCAGCAGCUUGGUGGCGGCCUUGGCGGCGACGGUCGAUGCGAGCCGGACGACGGCAUAGUUGGGGAAGCGCGCUGGAGCACGCGCUUCCCCAACUAUGCCGUCGUCCGGCUCGCAUCGACCGUCGCCGCCAAGGCCGCCACCAAGCUGCUGAUCCUUACUCUGGCCGCCGCUAUGCUCGCCGUGCUGCUGUCGCCCAUGCCGGCCGCCGCCAUGCUCGUCAUGCUGCUCUCGCUGUCCCCACUACGGCUACGCUCGCCGUGA